GCUACACGAGUACACAGCCAGCAACUCCCACUGGCGGCCUUACUUCUCCCUCUGGCAGGACUUCAGGAGCCUGGAUCACCCCAUGUUCUGGUAAGGUGAAACCACAUGGGGCUGUGAGGUGGCCCCAUGUGAGAGCUGAAGGUGGGGGUUGCUGCCCAGGAGUCUUGGGGAAGGAUACAGUUUGGGUACAAUGAGUCCUGUAUGGGAAACCACACAACCGACUGGAGGAGGAGUGAAUCAGAGCUGCAUUGGAAAAGUCAACAUGGAUGGGCAGGCCACAGCUCUCCCUUUGGGCUGGAGGUGAUGGACAAAUGAGGCAGAAGGCCUGAGGAAGAGCGAACAAGGCUCCUGCAGGGCACAGGCAUCCCAGAGGCAGUGGACAAGGACCUGGCUAACAUCCACCUGGAGUACAGCUCCAUCAUAUUGCCUUUCAUGGAGUCCCACCCCAACAUCUUUGACCCCAAGCUGCACACGCUGGAGUUGUACAAGCAGCUGGUGGCCUUUGUCAUGGCCUACAGCUUUCAGGAGCCUUUGGAGGAAGAAGAUGAAGAUGAGAAGGGGCCCAAUCCUCCAAUGAUGGUGCCUGUAGCAGAUAUUUUGAAUCACGUGGCCAACCACAACGCCAACCUGGAAUACUCUCCCCAAUGUUUACGAAUGGUUACAACACAGCCCAUCAGGGAAGGAGAGGAGAUCUUCAACACCUAUGGGCAGAUGGCCAACUGGCAGCUCCUGCACAUGUAUGGCUUUGCAGAGCCAUACCCUGGCAACACCAACGACACAGCCGACAUCCAGAUGGUGACAGUACGCAAGGCAGCGCUGCAGCGUGCCAAAAGCGAAGCACAGCAGCAGCUGGUCUUGGAGCAGUGGGACUUCUUGUGCCAGCUGGAGAUGGUGGGGGAGGAAGGCGCCUUUGUGCUCAGCUGGGAUGAGGUGCUGACAGAGGAAGAGCUGUCCAUGACCCUGAAGGUGCUGUGCAUGUCAGAAGAAGAAUUCAAGGAGUAUAAGGAACAAGAUGGCUGGGAAGAUGACAGCGAGGAAGAGGAAAACUCCACCCUUUCUAAUGAGGCUCUCUCCAGACUUAAAACCCCUUGCAAGCAGCUCCUUUACAACAGUGUGCUGCUGACCCUGGAGUCCUACAGGUCAGACUUGAAAGCAGAGCAGGACUUGCUAAAUAACAAGGAGGCUUACGAGAAGCUGAGUCGAAGGGAGCAGCAAGCUUUGCACGUGCGGUACGGACAGAAAAGGAUCUUGCAUCAGCUGCUAGAGCUGGUACAGUAGGAAUCUCACUGCCUCUGGAAAUUAACUGCCCGGAACUCUGCUUAGGAGGGGAAGGUCAGCCUUUGGCCAUCUCUUCUACAGCAGCAAGAAUAGACAGUGAGAUUAAAUAUGGGUCCACUUGUCUCUCACAUGGCAUGUGGCUUUUUAGCUACCUCUACAUAAACAGCAACAAAAAUCUUCCACAGCACAGAAGUGGGUUUGGGGUGGCCUUACCUUACAGUGAGAGCUGUGGAGCACAACUACCACCUUCUUCUAAGAGGACUGAAGAACACCCAGAUCUCCUAAUGGCUGCUUUAGGAAGACAGACACGCUCUAUCAGAAUAGCAAGUGGGUUCCCUCAUUUAGAAAUUUAAGGCAAGAACUGUUCCUUGUCCAGAUGAAGAGGGCCAAAAUCCAGCUGGUAGCUCAUACCUUACAGAGGUUCAGAGUCAGUAUCUGGCAGGUGGAGAUGCUGACAAACUGAACUAUUCACCUAUGUUUUGUUAACACCAAGCAUUUUAAAGAGUACAAGCCCAUCCAGCUGGGUUUCGUGUAGGCUCAAUAUAGCAAGAUGUUUCCUUUUACCUCUAUAAAAGGCAUUUCUGUAUGGGCUUGAGAUGCCUAUAAAGGAGCACUGUCACAGUUCUCCAGCUGCUGUAGGCUAAGCAUUUGAUUCACACCCUCCAGGUGAUAAAGAGUUCUUCCCCUGAACUCAGGCAUUGCUCUGCAUCACGUUUAGCUGUAUUAAUAUUUUUCCCUCACCAGUUUUUGCAUUACAAAACACUGGAGGUUUGCAGGCCAAGCUGUAUUUAAUAAAGACGAUGUUACUUAUCCAGCCAACGCUGUCUACUUCAAAAGGUGCAAAGCCCCCAUCUAAAAGGGGGGGAAUUUUUGCUGCUGCUGCAGUUAGAAGUAUUGCAAACAAGCAAACCCUCUGAAGGUCAGCUAUAGCCCUACCUGCACUGCUAGGGGCCAGGGUGGUUUAACAUUACCUGGGAUACUUUUCUCCCCUUUUACAGUGGUGUAAUGCUGUAACAGUCCAGCCUGUCAUCUUGGCUCUUCUCUUCCUAUGGCAGACUAGAUUUCAAACUAGGCACACAGCAGAUCAAAAGGUUAGUCUUCAUUUUUUAAACAUUAAGUGCGUUAUACCCAGGGCCUCUGCUGGCAAGGACAUUGGUAUUCCUUGGGGAGCUGACACCAGCGCUGUUCACUUUGACAGUACCAGCUGCAGCUUCCUUACCUGCUAAGAGGGUAUAUGAAGCACAGCAGCUUCCAUCCUACCAGCCCAACUUGUGUUACUGGGAUCUUUGCUGAGUCCUGUCCACCUUCCACCCCCUCUUUACACCAGUUCUUAAAGCCUUAAGGGAGCCAGCCAUGUACAGCAGCAUUAGUACAGAACCAGAGAGACCAGAGAGUUUUGAGUCAUUAGGACAAGUUAAGUAAGCUCCACAUAUGGUUUGCUAGAGUUAAAUGACAGGAAAAAAACCCAUGGCAUCUGGGCUAGAUAAAGAAAAAAUGGUUGCAGAUAGUUUUCCAUAUCCUAACCUAAUUCAAGAGGAGGAAUAAACUGGAGCUGCAAUAGCGGAACCAAAAAAAUCUUCAACUCGAAAAGGUUCAAUUUCAGCACAACUGCUGACCUGCCAAACAACUGCGAGGGAGUUCUAGGAUUUUGUAGGCAAGAAACUACUCCUUUACACACAGGCAACUGAAAAAAAACCCACUGCCUAGAAACAGGUCACAGAUCAAGAAUGCCCCUUGAGCUGCACAGUUGGCUCAGUGGCCCCCUGGAUCUAGUUUUUGCUCUGUGCAGCAAAAGCACAGCCAGGAGCGCAAUCCCUUAAACCUGAGCAGGAAAUCCUGACCUCUCCACCCAUACAACAGCAGUUAUCUAGCUUUAACAAACUGGUAACAUUACCUAAAAAAGCAAGCAGUGAAGCUCUACUUCCUAGUAUCUGCUAGGUUGCAAGGCAUAGGCUAGGAGAGUUUGCAGAAUUAGCAAUGCUGAAGCUGCUACCCUUGCCACUGCUAGCUAACAGCCUUGCACAGAGCCUUGCUGAAGGGAACUAUUGCAGCAGGGCGCAAGUCACAAGCACAGCAGCUGGUCUGCAGGUCUGUGCCCUGUACCCCUCCGCUGCAAGCGAUCUCCUUUCCAGCACAACUUCGUUGGAGACAAAUUCUGCUCAUGAAAUUGAAACUAAGAGUUCUGUCUCCACGCAACUGCGUCCUUUCCUUUUGCACCUCAAAGCAAGGCCCUUAACAAUUCUCCCCUCUGACCUCAAGGUAGAAAACUAUCUCAGUCACUCUCAACAGCCAGUGGCCAAAACACACUGGAAACUGCAGAUUUUGGAUUGGUGGAACAGACUUGAAAAGGCAUCAGCUGGCCAGGUAGGAUGGAACUGGAGAGAAUAAGCACAGCGGCACGUGCUGCAUGUCAUGACUUUAAUGUGUAACUACAGUAUGCAUACAUACAAGAAGUGGGAGAACUAAAGCCCAAGAACUAGAAAGGCUACAAAAUACAACACAUGGACCAAUACUUUACAAAACAUUCAAAAUCCUUACAAAAUGGGCUGUAUUGGUCCUUUGGGUUUUUUGUUUUUUUUUUUUUUUUUUUUGGGUUUUUUUUGGUUGGGUUUUUUUUUUUUUUUUUACAAACUUAUACUGUAUGGUCACAGGGUGCAGGGUGGGAAAAGGUCUGGAUUUAACCCCCCUCCCUCUUUCAAAAUUUACAAGUGUCAAAAAAAAAAAAAGCUAUAGGCCUGGUCUCUGGUUUCUUUACUAAAAACAGCUGACCCUCUCCCAAAGGGCCUGAGGUGUGUCUUUUCAAACAGAAAAGAGGCAUUCUCUGGCUGCCACUCCACUUGCUGUCUGUCAGCAUUUUAUGAGGGUGGGGGGAAAGAAACACCGAACCUUAACCCCUCCCCUAUUCCAUAAUAUUCCCAUAUUCCAAAACAUAUCCCCCUUUUUUUGUAAAACAACUCAAGUGAUUUAAAGGUCCCCCAUCCGCAUAAAGAAAAAUAAGUUACAUAAUAUUAUAACUGGCUUUUCAAUAUUCUUUGGGAGUCUGGGAAUGUCAGGACAAGGAGGUCUGCCCCAG